AUGCGACCCGCUGACAUAACUGCCGCGAUCGCCGAAAGACUUUUGGACAUGGCAUACAGCGUGAUAAAAAUCGCUGGUCCGGCAAAAUUCAAAGUGGGCAAUUCGGUACGCGUGAGCAAGUACGAGACGAUUUUUGAGAAGAGUUAUACGUCAAAUUGGACUACCGAGGUAUUUACGAUCGUUAAGAUGCAGCGUAUCUAUCUACUCGAGGACUAUCGCGGAAAAUUCGUCGCUGAUGUGUUCUACGAGCACGAGUUGCAUCAUGCUACUCAUCCGGACGUGUAUCUCGUGGAGAAAGUAUUGCGCCGAAAGGGAGACAAGGUGUAUGUCAAGCGGUUAGGAUUCGAUGGAUUGCACAAUUCAUGA